AUGGGAGAAACUAUUCCCGAAGGAUUUCCAGAUAUAUUAACAGAAAUAAUUAAGGAUAGAUUUGAUUUAGGCCAAGAUAAUCUCCAGAUAGAAGACUCAGAAGGUUUCAUUACAGAAAGGGUAGAUCGGGGGCACCGCUCUACAUAUAUGCAGAAAAAUACAGGGAAGUUAAUGGUCAGAGAUACAGGUUUAGCAGAAAGGAUCUCAUGUUAUACAAGGCAAGAUCCAUGGAAAGGUUUCAUUCAGACUUCACAUAAUGCCAUCUUGUCGGAGAAGAUGACUAUCAUCAAGUCUUUUCCGAAAUUCCAAAGAAACCUCACACUCAGAAUAUCUACGCCAGCACAGCAUGUCUAUCAGCUUCAUAUUGGUUUGAUGACUAUGAUCAAACUUCAGAAGAAAACGGAAUCUACCGAAUAA